UGGAUGAUAAUGUAUGUGAUAGGGGAGUACUCUGAUGGUAGAGGAGUGACUUUGGUUCUCUGCAAACUCAGCCUGAGACUAUCAAUUCAGUUUGUGGUGAGACCUCGCAGUGUUACCUUGGCAGAUGGUAGAAGCCUUCCAGAUGGAAGGAAAAAUGCGUGUAAAGGCACAAAGUGUAGAAGGACCCUGAAGCUCCAGAGUGAGGCCUGGCAUUGAAUGAAAUAUAUUUUGUGGGUUUUCAGCUGCUGAAGUCAUAGGAAUGGAUGAGACCAAGAAAACAAAGCUGUUUUUGAGGUAUGAGCGGAGGAAGAGAUAUCAGGAGACUUUCGAAACAGUCAUAACGGAAGUUAAUAUGAUCAUUGCUAACAUUUGCUGUGUUUCAGGCACUGUAAGCAUGUAUAUGGGUCCUUACAGGGACUCAUAGAGGUAGGUACUAGUAUUGUUUUUCCUUUUAUCAUUGAGAAACUGAGGUUUGAAGAGAUUAGUGAACUUGCUCUAGAUUAUACAGUUUGUAAGUGGCUGAACCAGGAUUUGAACUAAUACAAUCUGACUACAGAGGCCACACUCCUUAGCACUAGAAAAGAAUAGCAUGCCAAGGGCAGAGUUAUUUCGAGGAAGAUGGGAUAUAAGCGUCAUUGUCAAGUUCUGCAAAGGGGUCAACUUGGUUGAGAUCUAAAAAGGAACAUUGAAUUCGUCAAUUCAGAGGCUCGUAGGAAGUAGGAAAUCUUUAUCUUUUCGUUUGAACCUUGAGUGGAACCUAGAUAUUCUGGAUUAAUGUAUAAAUGAAGUUGAUCUUUAUAUGGUGACACUCAUACUCUAGUUGACUACCUAAUAGUUCCUCUGCCUUCUUUCAGUUCCGCCAACAUACUGUGUUCUUUAACAUUGUAGAACCCUUUGGCUAUGCUAGUCUCCUUCCCUGAAGUGUUGGUCCUCUAGCCCUUUUUUUGAUUGGCACCAGUUAGUUCAGAUCUUGGCUUUAUUAUAAACUCCUCUGAGAUAUAUGUUCCCUGACAGUUUAUCUAAAAUGAUUCUCUCUACAGUUAUUUUCUAUUACUGUGUUUUUGUUUCCUCAGAGGCAUACAUCACAAUUUAGAAUUAUGCAUUGGUUUAUCAAUUUACUUGUUUAUUGUCACCCUGCUGCCCAGAUAUGACUUCAUGAGGACAGUGAUGUAUGUUCUGAAAUUGUGAACCAUGAGUCUAGUACUUAAUGAUCUGCUUAUCUGCUGCCGUCAACUAGAACAUGAUAGAGCUACAGAACGAAAGAAAGAAGUUGAGAAAUUUAAGCGCCUGAUUCGAGAUCCUGAAACAAUUAAACAUCUAGAUCGGCAUUCAGAUUCCAAACAAGGAAAAUAUUUGAAUUGGGAUGCUGUUUUUAGAUUUUUACAGAAAUAUAUUCAGAAAGAAACAGAAUGUCUGAGAAUAGCAAAACCAAACGUAUCAGCCUCAACACAAGCCUCCAGGCAGAAAAAGAUGCAGGAAAUCAGUAGUUUGGUCAAAUACUUCAUCAAAUGUGCAAACAGAAGAGCACCUAGGCUAAAAUGUCAAGAACUCUUAAAUUAUAUCAUGGAUACAGUGAAAGAUUCAUCUAAUGGUGCUAUUUACGGAGCUGAUUGUAGCAACAUACUACUCAAAGACAUUCUUUCUGUGAGAAAAUACUGGUGUGAAAUAUCUCAGCAACAGUGGUUAGAAUUGUUCUCUGUGUACUUCAGGCUCUAUCUGAAACCUUCACAAGAUGUUCAUAGAGUUUUAGUGGCUAGAAUAAUUCAUGCUGUUACCAAAGGAUGCUGUUCUCAGACUGACGGAUUAAAUUCCAAAUUUUUGGACUUUUUUUCCAAGGCUAUUCAGUGUGCAAGACAAGAAAAGAGCUCUUCAGGUCUAAAUCAUAUCUUAGCAGCUCUUACUAUCUUCCUCAAGACUUUGGCUGUCAACUUUCGAAUUCGAGUGUGUGAAUUAGGAGAUGAAAUUCUUCCCACUUUGCUUUAUAUUUGGACUCAACAUAGACUUAAUGAUUCUUUAAAAGAAGUCAUUAUUGAAUUAUUUCAACUGCAAAUUUAUAUCCAUCAUCCAAAAGGAGCCAAAACCCAAGAAAAAGGUGCUUAUGAAUCAACAAAAUGGAAAAGUAUUUUAUACAACUUAUAUGAUCUGCUAGUGAAUGAGAUAAGUCAUAUAGGAAGUAGAGGAAAGUAUUCUUCAGGAUUUCGUAAUAUUGCCGUCAAAGAAAAUUUGAUUGAAUUGAUGGCAGAUAUCUGUCACCAGGUUUUUAAUGAAGAUACCAGAUCCUUGGAGAUUUCUCAAUCUUAUACUACUACACAAAGAGAAUCUAGUGAUUACAGUGUACCUUGCAAAAGGAAGAAAAUAGAACUAGGCUGGGAAGUAAUAAAAGAUCACCUUCAGAAGUCACAGAAUGAUUUUGAUCUUGUGCCUUGGCUACAGAUUGCAACCCAAUUAAUAUCAAAGUAUCCUGCAAGUUUACCUAACUGUGAGCUGUCUCCAUUACUGAUGAUACUAUCUCAGCUUCUACCCCAACAGCGACAUGGGGAACGUACACCAUAUGUGUUACGAUGCCUUACGGAAGUUGCAUUGUGUCAAGACAAGAGGUCAAACCUAGAAAGCUCACAAAAGUCAGAUUUAUUAAAACUCUGGAAUAAAAUUUGGUGUAUUACCUUUCGUGGUAUAAGUUCUGAGCAAAUACAAGCUGAAAACUUUGGCUUACUUGGAGCCAUAAUUCAGGGUAGUUUAGUUGAGAUUGACAGAGAAUUCUGGAAGUUAUUUACUGGGUCAGCCUGCAGACCUUCCUGUCCUGCAGUAUGCUGUUUGACUUUGGCACUGACCACCAGUAUAGUUCCAGGAACGGUAAAAAUGGGAAUAGAACAAAAUAUGUGUGAAGUAAAUAGAAGCUUUUCUUUAAAGGAAUCAAUAAUGAAAUGGCUCUUAUUCUAUCAGUUAGAGGGUGACUUAGAAAACAGCACAGAAGUGCCUCCUAUUCUUCACAGUAAUUUUCCUCAUCUUGUACUGGAGAAAAUUCUUGUGAGUCUCACUAUGAAAAACUGUAAAGCUGCAAUGAAUUUUUUCCAAAGCGUGCCAGAAUGUGAACACCACCAAAAAGAUAAAGAAGAACUUUCAUUCUCAGAAGUAGAAGAACUAUUUCUUCAGACAACUUUUGACAAGAUGGACUUUUUAACCAUUGUGAGAGAAUGUGGUAUAGAAAAGCACCAGUCCAGUAUUGGCUUCUCUGUCCACCAGAAUCUCAAGGAAUCACUGGAUCGCUGUCUUCUGGGAUUAUCAGAACAGCUUCUGAAUAAUUACUCAUCUGAGAUUACAAAUUCAGAAACUCUUGUCCGGUGUUCACGUCUUUUGGUGGGUGUCCUUGGCUGCUACUGUUAUAUGGGUGUAAUAGCUGAAGAGGAAGCAUAUAAGUCAGAAUUAUUCCAGAAAGCCAAGUCUCUAAUGCAAUGUGCAGGAGAAAGUAUCACUCUGUUUAAAAAUAAGACAAAUGAGGAAUUCAGAAUUGGUUCCUUGAGAAAUAUGAUGCAGCUAUGUACACGUUGCUUGAGCAACUGUACCAAGAAGAGUCCAAAUAAGAUUGCAUCUGGCUUUUUCCUACGAUUGUUAACAUCAAAGCUAAUGAAUGACAUUGCAGAUAUUUGUAAAAGUUUAGCAUCCUUAAUCAAAAAGCCAUUUGACCGUGGAGAAGUAGAAUCAAUGGAAGAUGAUACUAAUGGAAAUCUAAUGGAGGUGGAGGAUCAGUCAUCCGUGAAUCUAUUUAACGAUUACCCUGAUAGUAGUGUUAGUGAUGCAAACGAACCUGGAGAGAGCCAAAGUACCAUAGGUGCCAUUAAUCCUUUAGCUGAAGAAUAUCUGUCAAAGCAAGAUCUACUUUUCUUAGACAUGCUCAAGUUCUUGUGUUUGUGUGUAACUACUGCUCAGACCAAUACUGUGUCCUUUAGGGCAGCUGAUAUUCGGAGGAAAUUGUUAAUGUUAAUUGAUUCUAGCACGCUAGACCCUACCAAAUCCCUCCACCUGCAUAUGUAUCUACUGCUUUUAAAGGAGCUUCCUGGAGAAGAGUACCCCUUGCCAAUGGAAGAUGUUGUUGAACUUCUGAAACCACUAUCCAAUGUGUGUUCUUUGUAUCGUCGUGACCAAGAUGUUUGUAAAACUAUUUUAAACCAUGUCCUUCAUAUAGUGAAAAACCUAGGUCAAAGCAAUAUGGACUCUGAGAACACAAGGGAUGCUCAGGGACAGUUUCUUACAGUAAUUGGAGCAUUUUGGCAUCUAACAAAGGAGAGGAAAUAUAUAUUCUCUGUAAGAAUGGCCCUAGUAAAUUGCCUUAAAACUUUGCUUGAGGCUGAUCCUUAUUCAAAAUGGGCCAUUCUUAAUGUAAUGGGAAAAGACUUUCCUGUAAAUGAAGUAUUUACACAAUUUCUUGCUGACAAUCAUCACCAAGUUCGCAUGUUGGCUGCAGAGUCAAUCAAUAGAUUGUUCCAGGACACGAAGGGAGAUUCUUCCAGGUUACUGAAAGCACUUCCUUUGAAGCUUCAGCAAACAGCUUUUGAAAAUGCAUACUUGAAAGCUCAGGAAGGAAUGAGAGAAAUGUCCCAUAGUGCUGAGAACCCUGAACCUUUGGAUGAAAUUUAUAAUAGAAAAUCUGUUUUACUGACGUUGAUAGCUGUGGUUUUAUCCUGUAGCCCUAUCUGCGAAAAACAGGCUUUGUUUGCCCUGUGUAAAUCUGUGAAAGAGAAUGGAUUAGAACCUCACCUUGUGAAAAAGGUUUUAGAGAAAGUUUCUGAAACUUUUGGAUAUAGACGUUUAGAAGACUUUAUGGCAUCUCAUUUAGAUUAUCUGGUUUUGGAAUGGCUAAAUCUUCAAGAUACUGAAUACAACUUAUCUUCUUUUCCUUUUAUUUUAUUAAACUACACAAAUAUUGAGGAUUUCUAUAGAUCUUGUUAUAAGGUUUUGAUUCCACAUCUGGUGAUUAGAAGUCAUUUUGAUGAGGUGAAGUCCAUUGCUAAUCAGAUUCAAGAGGACUGGAAAAGUCUUCUAACAGACUGCUUUCCAAAGAUUCUUGUAAAUAUUCUUCCUUAUUUUGCCUAUGAGGGUACAGGAGACAGCGGGAUGGCACAGCAAAGAGAGACUGCUACCAAGGUCUAUGAUAUGCUUAAAAGUGAAAACUUAUUGGGAAAACAGAUUGAUCACUUAUUCAUUAGUAAUUUACCAGAGAUUGUGGUGGAGUUAUUGAUGACGUUACAUGAGCCAGCAAAUUCUACCAGUCAGAGGACUGACCUCUGUGACUUUUCAGGGGAUUUGGAUCCUGCUCCUAAUCCACCUCAUUUUCCAUCGCAUGUGAUUAAAGCAACAUUUGCCUAUAUCAGCAAUUGUCAUAAAACCAAGUUAAAAAGCAUUUUAGAAAUUCUUUCCAAAAGCCCUGAUUCCUAUCAGAAAAUUCUUCUUGCCAUAUGUGAGCAAGCAGCUGAAACAAAUAAUGUUUAUAAGAAACACAGAAUUCUUAAAAUAUACCACCUGUUUGUUGGUUUAUUACUGAAAGAUAUAAAAAGUGGCUUAGGAGGAGCUUGGGCCUUUGUUCUUCGAGAUGUUAUUUAUACUUUGAUUCACUAUAUCAACCAAAGGCCUUCUUGUAUCAUGGAUGUGUCAUUACGUAGCUUCUCCCUUUGUUGUGACUUAUUAAGUCAGGUUUGCCAGACAGCCGUGACUUACUGUAAGGAUGCUCUAGAAAACCAUCUUCAUGUUAUUGUUGGUACACUUAUACCCCUUGUGUAUGAGCAGGUGGAGGUUCAGAAACAGGUAUUGGACUUGUUGAAAUACUUAGUGAUAGAUAACAAGGAUAAUGAAAACCUCUAUCUCACGAUUAAGCUUUUAGAUCCUUUUCCUGACCAUGUUGUUUUUAAGGAUUUGCGUAUUACUCAGCAAAAAAUCAAAUACAGUAGAGGACCCUUUUCACUCUUGGAGGAAAUUAACCAUUUUCUCUCAGUAAGUGUUUAUGAUGCACUUCCAUUGACAAGACUUGAAGGACUAAAGGAUCUUCGAAGACAACUGGAACUACAUAAGGAUCAGAUGGUGGACAUUAUGAGAGCUUCUCAGGAUAAUCCACAAGAUGGGAUUAUGGUGAAACUAGUUGUCAAUUUGUUGCAGUUAUCCAAGAUGGCAAUAAACCACACUGGUGAAAAAGAAGUUCUAGAGGCUGUUGGAAGCUGCUUGGGAGAAGUGGGUCCUAUAGAUUUCUCUACCAUAGCUAUACAACAUAGUAAAGAUGCAUCUUAUACCAAGGCCCUUAAGUUAUUUGAAGAUAAAGAACUUCAGUGGACCUUCAUAAUGCUGACCUACCUGAAUAACACACUGGUAGAAGAUUGUGUCAAAGUUCGAUCAGCAGCUGUUACCUGUUUGAAAAACAUUUUAGCCACAAAGACUGGACAUAGUUUCUGGGAGAUUUAUAAGAUGACAACAGAUCCAAUGCUGGCCUAUCUACAGCCUUUUAGAACAUCAAGAAAAAAGUUUUUAGAAGUACCCAGAUUUGACAAAGAAAACCCUUUUGAAGGCCUGGAUGAUAUAAAUCUGUGGAUUCCUCUAAGUGAAAAUCAUGACAUUUGGAUAAAGACACUGACUUGUGCUUUUUUGGACAGUGGAGGCACAAAAUGUGAAAUUCUUCAAUUAUUAAAGCCAAUGUGUGAAGUGAAAACUGACUUUUGUCAGACUGUACUUCCAUACUUGAUUCAUGAUAUUUUACUCCAAGAUACAAAUGAAUCAUGGAGAAAUCUGCUUUCUACACAUGUUCAGGGAUUUUUCACCAGCUGUCUUCGACACUUCUUGCAAACGAGCCGAUCCACAACCCCUGCAAACUUGGAUUCAGAGUCAGAGCACUUUUUCCGAUGCUGUUUGGAUAAAAAAUCACAAAGAACAAUGCUUGCUGUUGUGGACUACAUGAGAAGACAAAAGAGACCUUCUUCAGGAACAAUUUUUAAUGAUGCUUUCUGGCUGGAUUUAAAUUAUCUAGAAGUUGCCAAGGUAGCUCAGUCUUGUGCUGCUCACUUUACAGCUUUACUCUAUGCAGAAAUCUAUGCAGAUAAGAAAAGCAUGGAUGAUCAAGAGAAAAGAAGUCUUGCAUUUGAAGAAGGAAGCCAGAGUACUACUAUUUCUAGCUUGAGUGAAAAAAGUAAAGAAGAAACUGGAAUAAGUUUACAGGAUCUUCUCUUAGAAAUCUACAGAAGUAUAGGGGAGCCAGAUAGUUUGUAUGGCUGUGGUGGAGGGAAGAUGUUACAACCCAUUACUAGACUACGAACAUAUGAACACGAAGCAAUGUGGGGCAAAGCCCUAGUAACAUAUGACCUCGAAACAGCAAUCCCCUCAUCAACACGCCAGGCAGGAAUCAUUCAGGCCUUGCAGAAUUUGGGACUCUGCCAUAUUCUUUCUGUCUAUUUAAAAGGAUUGGAUUAUGAAAAUAAAGACUGGUGUCCUGAACUAGAAGAACUUCAUUACCAAGCAGCAUGGAGGAAUAUGCAGUGGGACCAUUGCACUUCCGUCAGCAAAGAAGUAGAAGGAACCAGUUACCAUGAAUCAUUGUACAAUGCUCUACAAUCUCUAAGAGACAGAGAAUUCUCUACAUUUUAUGAAGGUCUCAAAUAUGCCAGAGUAAAAGAAGUAGAAGAGUUGUGUAAGCGCAGCCUUGAGUCUGUGUAUUCGCUCUAUCCCACACUUAGCAGGUUGCAGGCCAUUGGAGAGCUGGAAAGCAUUGGGGAGCUUUUCUCAAGAUCAGUCACACAUAGACAACUCUCUGAAGUAUAUAUUAAGUGGCAGAAACACUCCCAGCUUCUCAAGGACAGUGAUUUUAGUUUUCAGGAGCCUAUCAUGGCUCUACGCACAGUCAUUUUGGAGAUCCUGAUGGAAAAGGAAAUGGACAACUCACAAAGAGAAUGUAUUAAGGACAUUCUCACCAAACACCUUGUAGAACUCUCUAUACUGGCCAGAACUUUCAAGAACACUCAGCUCCCUGAAAGGGCAAUAUUUCAAAUUAAACAGUACAAUUCAGUUAGCUGUGGAGUCUCUGAGUGGCAGCUGGAAGAAGCACAAGUAUUCUGGGCAAAAAAGGAGCAGAGUCUUGCCCUGAGUAUUCUCAAGCAAAUGAUCAAGAAAUUGGAUGCCAGCUGUGCAGCGAACAAUCCCAGCCUAAAACUUACAUACACAGAAUGUCUGAGGGUUUGUGGCAACUGGUUAGCAGAAACGUGCUUAGAAAAUCCUGCGGUCAUCAUGCAGACCUAUCUAGAAAAGGCAGUAGAAGUUGCUGGAAAUUAUGAUGGAGAAAGCAGUGAUGAGCUAAGAAAUGGAAAAAUGAAGGCAUUUCUCUCAUUAGCCCGGUUUUCAGAUACUCAAUACCAAAGAAUUGAAAACUACAUGAAAUCAUCGGAAUUUGAAAACAAGCAAGCUCUCCUGAAAAGAGCCAAAGAGGAAGUAGGUCUCCUUAGGGAACAUAAAAUUCAGACAAACAGAUACACAGUAAAGGUUCAGCGGGAGCUGGAGUUGGAUGAAUUAGCCCUGCGUGCACUUAAAGAGGAUCGUAAACGCUUCUUAUGUAAAGCAGUUGAAAAUUAUAUCAACUGCUUAUUAAGUGGAGAAGAGCAUGAUAUGUGGGUAUUCCGACUUUGUUCCCUCUGGCUUGAAAAUUCUGGAGUUUCUGAAGUCAAUGGCAUGAUGAAGAGAGACGGAAUGAAGAUUCCAACAUAUAAAUUUUUGCCUCUUAUGUACCAAUUGGCUGCUAGAAUGGGGACCAAGAUGAUGGGAGGCCUAGGAUUUCAUGAAGUCCUCAAUAAUCUAAUCUCUAGAAUUUCAAUGGAUCACCCCCAUCAUACUUUGUUUAUUAUACUGGCCUUAGCAAAUGCAAACAGAGAUGAAUUUCUGACUAAACCAGAGGUAGCCAGAAGAAGCAGAAUAACUAAAAAUGUGCCUAAACAAAGCUCUCAGCUUGAUGAGGAUCGAACAGAGGCUGCAAAUAGAAUAAUAUGUACUAUCAGAAGUAGGAGACCUCAGAUGGUCAGAAGUGUUGAGGCACUUUGUGAUGCUUAUAUUAUAUUAGCAAACUUAGAUGCCACUCAGUGGAAGACUCAGAGAAAAGGCAUAAAUAUUCCAGCAGACCAGCCAAUUACUAAACUUAAGAAUUUAGAAGAUGUUGUUGUCCCUACUAUGGAAAUUAAGGUGGACCACACAGGAGAAUAUGGAAAUCUGGUGACUAUACAGUCAUUUAAAGCAGAAUUUCGCUUAGCAGGAGGUGUAAAUUUACCAAAAAUAAUAGAUUGUGUAGGUUCCGAUGGCAAGGAGAGGAGACAGCUUGUUAAGGGCCGUGAUGACCUGAGACAAGAUGCUGUCAUGCAACAGGUCUUCCAGAUGUGUAAUACAUUACUGCAGAGAAACACGGAAACUAGGAAGAGGAAAUUAACUAUCUGUACUUAUAAGGUGGUUCCCCUCUCUCAGCGAAGUGGUGUUCUUGAAUGGUGCACAGGAACUGUCCCCAUUGGUGAAUUUCUUGUUAACAAUGAAGAUGGUGCUCAUAAAAGAUACAGGCCAAAUGAUUUCAGUGCCUUUCAGUGCCAAAAGAAAAUGAUGGAGGUGCAAAAAAAGUCUUUUGAAGAGAAAUAUGAAGUCUUCAUGGAGGUUUGCCAAAAUUUUCAACCAGUUUUCCGUUACUUCUGCAUGGAAAAAUUCUUGGAUCCAGCUAUUUGGUUUGAGAAGCGAUUGGCUUAUACACGCAGUGUAGCUACUUCUUCUAUUGUUGGUUACAUACUUGGACUUGGUGAUAGACAUGUACAGAAUAUCUUGAUAAAUGAGCAGUCAGCAGAACUUGUACAUAUAGAUCUAGGUGUUGCUUUUGAACAGGGCAAAAUCCUUCCUACUCCUGAGACAGUUCCUUUUAGACUCACCAGAGAUAUUGUGGAUGGCAUGGGCAUUACCGGUGUUGAAGGUGUCUUCAGAAGAUGCUGUGAGAAAACCAUGGAAGUGAUGAGAAACUCUCAGGAAACUCUGUUAACCAUUGUAGAGGUCCUUCUAUAUGAUCCACUCUUUGACUGGACCAUGAAUCCUUUGAAAGCUUUGUAUUUACAGCAGAGGCCAGAAGAUGAAACUGAGCUUCACCCUACUCUGAAUGCAGAUGACCAAGAAUGCAAACGAAAUCUCAGUGAUAUUGACCAGAGUUUCAACAAAGUAGCUGAACGUGUCUUAAUGAGACUACAAGAGAAACUGAAAGGAGUGGAAGAAGGCACUGUGCUCAGUGUUGGUGGACAAGUGAAUUUGCUCAUACAGCAGGCCAUAGACCCCAAAAAUCUCAGCCGACUUUUCCCAGGAUGGAAAGCUUGGGUGUGAUCUUCAGUAUAUGAAUUACCCUUGCAUUCAGCCUUUAGAAAUUAUAUUUUAGCCUUUAUUUUUAACCUACCAACAUACUUUAAGUAGGGAUUAAUAUUUAAGUGAACUAUUGUGGUUUUUUUUUAAUGUUGGUUUUAAUACUUGAUUUAAUCACCACUCAAAAAUGUUUUGAUGGUCUUAAGGAACAUCUCUGCUCUCACUCUUUAGAAAUAAUGGUUAUUCGGGCUGGGCGCAGCGGCUCACGCCUGUAAUCCCAGCACUUUGGGAGGCCGAGGUGGGCGGAUCACAAGGUCAGGAGUUCGAGACCAGCCUGGCCAAGAGACCAGCGUGGCCAGUAUGGUGAAACCCCGUCUCUACUAAAAAUACAAAAAUUAACCGAGCAUGGUGGCGGGCACCUGUAUUCCCAGCUACUCGAGAGGCUGAGGCAGGAGAAUCUCUUGAACCUGGGAGGUGAAGGUUGCUGUGGGCCAAAAUCAUGCCAUUGCACUCCAGCCUGGGUGACAAGAGCGAAACUCCAUCUCAAAAAAAAAAAAAAACAGAAAUGUAUUUGGAUUUUUCCUAGCAAGAUCACUCAGUGUUACUAAAUAAUGAAGCUGUUAUGGAGAACAAAUUUCAAAGACACAGUUAGUGUAGUUACUAUUUUUUUAAGUGUGUAUUGAAACUUCUCAUUCUAUUCUCUUUAUCUUUUAAGCCCUUCUGUACUGUCCAUGUAUGUUAUCUUUCUGUGAUACCUUCAUAGAUUGCCUUCUAGUUCAUGAAUUCUCUUGUCAGCUGUAUAUAAUCUCUUUUACCCUAUCCAUUGGGCUUCUUCUUUCAGAAAUUGUUUUUCAUUUCUAAUUAUGCAUCAUUUUUCAGAUCUCUGUUUCUUGAUGUCAUUUUUAAUGUUUUUUAAUGUUUUUUAUGUCACUAAUUAUUUUAAAUGUCUGUACUUGAUAGUCACUGUAAUAGUUCUAUUAAAUUUAGUUCCUGCUGUUUAUAUCUGUUGAUUUUUGUAUUUGAUAGGCUGUUCAUCCAGUUUUGUCUUUUUGAAAAGUGAGUUUAUUUUCAGCAAGGCUUUAUCUAUGGGAAUCCUGAGUGUCUGUUUAUGUCAUAUUCCCAGGGCUGUUGCUGACACAAGCCCAUUCUUAUUUUAAUUUCUUGGCUUUAGGGUUUCCAUACCUGAAGCGUAGCAUAAAUUACUGAUAGGAGAUUUCCCAGGCCAAGGCAAACACACUUCCUCCUCAUCUCCCUGUGCUAGUGGGCAGAAUAUUUGAUUGAUGCCUUUUUCACUUAGAGUAUAAGCUUCCAUGUGUCCCACCUUUAUGGCAGGGUGGAAGGAGGUACAUUUAAUUCCCACUGCCUGCCUUUGGCAAGCCCUGGGUUCUUUAGUCCCCAUGUAGAUGUCUAAGCUAAAAGCCAUGGGUUAAUGAGACUGGCAAAUUGUUCCAGGACAGCUACAGCAUCAGCUCACAUAUUUACCUCUCUGGUUUUCAUUCCCCUCAUUUUUUUCUGUGACAGAGUCUUGCUCUGUCACCCAGGCUGGAGUGCAGUGGCAUGAUCUCAGCUCACUGCAACCUCUGCCUCCCGGGUUCAAGCAAUUCUCCUGCCUCAGCCUCCCGAGUAGCUGGGACUACAGGCGUGUGCCAACACGCCCGGCUAAUUUGUUGUAUUUUUAGUAGAGACGGAGUUUCACCGUGUUAGCCAGGAUGGUCUCGAUCACUUGACCUCGUGAUCCACCCUCCUCGGCCUCCCAAAGUGCUGGGAUUACAGGUGUGAGCCACCGUGCCCGGCCUCAUUCCCCUCAUUUUUGACCGUAAGGAUUUCCCCUUUCUUGUAAGUUCUGCUAUGUAUUUAAAAGAAUGUUUUCUACAUUUUAUCCAGCAUUUCUCUGUGUUCUGUUGGAAGGGAAGGGCUUAGGUAUCUAGUUUGAUACAUAGCUAGAAGUGGAACAUUUCUCUGUCCCCCAACUGUCAUCAUAUAAGAUAAACAUCAGAUAAAAAGCCACCUGAAAGUAAAACUACUGACUCGUGUAUUAGUAUAAUCUCUUCUCCAUCCUUAGGAAAAUGUUCAUCCCAGCUGCGGAGAUUAACAAAUGGGUGAUUGAGCUUUCUCCUCGUAUUUGGACCUUGAAGGUUAUAUAAAUUUUUUUCUUAUGAAGCGUUGGCAUUUCUUUUUAUUGCCAAUGGCAGGCACUCAUUCAUAUUUGAUCUCCUCACCUUCCCCUCCCCUAAAACCAAUCUCCAGAACUUUUUGGACUAUAAAUUUCUUGGUUUGACUUCUGGAGAACUGUUCAGAAUAUUACUUUGCAUUUCAAAUUACAAACUUACCUUGGUGUAUCUUUUUCUUACAAGCUGCCUAAAUGAAUAUUUGGUAUAUAUUGGUAGUUUUAUUACUAUAGUAAAUCAAGGAAAUGCAGUAAACUUAAAAUGUCUUUAAGAAAGCCCUGAAAUCUUCAUGGGUGAAAUUAGAAAUUAUCAACUAGAUAAUAGUAUAGAUAAAUGAAUUUGUAGCUAAUUCUUGCUAGUUGUUGCAUCCAGAGAGCUUUGAAUAACAUCAUUAAUCCACUCUUUAGCCUUGCGUGGUAUGCUAUGAGGCUCCUGUUCUGUUCAAGUAUUCUAAUCACUGGCUUUGAAAAGUUUAUCAGAUUUACGUACAGAUCACAAGCCUAGGAGAAAUAACUAAUUCACGGAUGACAGAAUUAAGAUUAUAAAAGAUUUUUUUUUGUAAUUUUAGUAGAGACAGGGUUGCCAUUGUAUUCCAGCCUUGGCAACAGAGCAAGACUCUGCCUAAAAAAAAAAAAAAAAAAAAGAAGGUUUUGGCAAGCUGGAACUCUUUCUGCAAAUGACUAAGAUAGAAAACUGCCAAGGACAAAUGAGGAGUAGUCAGAUUUUGAAAAUAUUAAUCAUAGAAUAUUUGUUGUAUGCUAAGUCACUGACCCAUAUUAUGUACAGCAUUUCUGAUCUUUACUUUGCAAGAUUAGCGAUACUAUCCCAAUACACUGCUGGAGAAACCAGAAUUUGGAGACAUAAGUUGUCCAAGGCAAGAAGAUAGUAAAUUAUAAGUACAAGUGUAAUAUGGACAAUAUCUAACUUGAAAAGAUUUCAGGCGAAAAGAAUCUGGGGUUUGCCAGUCAGUUGCUCAAAAGGUCAAUGAAAACCAAAUAGUGAAGCUAUCAGAGAAGCUAAUAAAUUAUAGACUGCUUGAACAGUUGUGUCCAGAUUAAGGGAGAUAAUAGCUUUCCCACCCUACUUUAUGCAGGUCAUACCUCCCCAAAGUGUUUACCUAAUCAGUAGGUUCACAAACUCUUGGUCAUUAUAGUAUAUGCCUAAAAUGUAUGCACUUAGGAAUGCUAAAAAUUUAAAUAUGGUCUAAAGCAAAUAAAAGCAAAGAGGAAAAACUUUGGACAUCUUAAAGACUAGAAUAGUCUUUUAAAAAGAAAGCCAGUAUAUUAGUUUGAAAUAUAGAGAUGUGUCCCAAUUUCAAGUAUUUUAAUUGCACCUUAAUGAAAUUAUCUAUUUUCUAUAGAUUUUAGUACUAUUGAAUGUAUUACUUUACUGUUACCUGAAUUUAUUAUAAAGUGUUUUUGAAUAAAUAAUUCUAAAAGCAUA